AGGCGGAAGAAGCCUCGGCGGAAGCGGUCUGGUCUGUCAAGGGAGGAGGAAACAUUGAGCAGGAUUUGACACAAAUAGAGAGUAGCCUUAUCGGAAUUGCUGCGAUUAGCCUCCGUCUUGUUUGACUCGACUAUCCACUGCGAUGAUCCUGUUAGAAAUCAAUAACCGCAUCAUAGAAGAGACGCUGUCGUUGAAGUUCGAUAGCGCGUCAAACGGAACGAAGCCAGAGGCUGUUGAUGUGACGUUUGCAGACUUUGAUGGUGUCUUGUACCACAUCUCCAAUCCUAAUGGAGAUAAGACCAAAGUGAUGGUCAGCAUCUCCCUGAAGUUCUACAAGGAGCUACAGGAGCAUGGGGCCGACGAGCUGCUGAAGAGAGUCUACGGGAGUUUCCUGGUUUCACCAGAGUCCGGCUACAACGUGUCGCUCCUCUACGACCUGGACGCUCUGCCAGGCAACAAAGACGAGGUGGUGCACCAAGCAGGGAUGCUGAAGAGGAACUGCUUUGCCUCUGUUUUUGAAAAGUACUUCAAGUUCCAGGAGGAGGGCAAAGAGGGCGAGAAGAGGGCCGUGGUCCACUACAGAGAUGACGAGUCCAUGUAUGUGGAGGCCAAGAAGGACCGGGUGACGGUGGUGUUCAGCACAGUCUUCAAAGACGACGAUGACGUCAUCAUCGGGAAAGUCUUCAUGCAGGAGUUCAAGGAGGGGCGGCGAGCCAGCCACACGGCCCCCCAGGUGCUGUUCAGCCACAGGGAGCCGCCUCUGGAACUCAAGGACACGGACGCGGCCGUCGGGGACAACAUCGGAUACAUCACCUUCGUCCUCUUCCCUCGUCACACCAACGCCAACGCCAGAGACAACACCAUCAACCUCAUCCACACCUUCAGGGACUACCUGCACUACCACAUCAAGUGCUCCAAGGCCUACAUUCACACGCGCAUGAGGGCCAAGACGUCAGACUUCCUCAAGGUUCUGAACCGCGCCCGACCUGACGCCGAGAAGAAGGAGAUGAAGACGAUCUCUGGGAAGACCUUCUCCCGCUGAGGUGGAGCCCCUGAGGGACCUCUGAAGCCGCCGUGGCCCCAUCCCGACGCACCACGCUUCCACUCGCCGCCUGGUUGGACGGGCCUCCGGGAAGCCUCUAAAAUGCCCCACACAGCCCCCCACAACACAGCUCCGUCUCUUCUGUCUUGUUUGUUUUCUUUCUUUCUUUCUAACGAAUCACACAAUUGGUCGGCUCAACGUGCAGAAAACGGGGCAGAAUCAUUAGCCCUCUACAAAUAUACACACACACACACACACACACACACACACACAUAUAUAUAUAUAUAUAUAUGUAUGUAUAUAUGUAUGUAUAUAUGUGUGUGUGUGUGUAUAUAUAUAUAUAUGUAUCUGUGAAAAAGGCAACAUUUUUGAUCCAAUAUCUUUUGCUCCAUUUGGUUCUCUUACUUGACCCCCACCACCUAAUAUUCAUGUGUUGCUUUCACCCCUCCCCUCUGUCGUGUCCUAAAAAUAAAAGAGUCAUGCUAAACAAAUGGGAGUCAUGACCACGUUUAUGUUUCCCUUGGGGUGUCCAAAGCUCAGCCUGGGGGCCGUUUGUGGCGCACACGUCCUCCUUUGAUUGGCCCCCAACGUAUUAGAGAAAUGCAAUCAUGUCAAAUGUUGGAAAGUCUCUUCCAGCCUCAGAAGACAAUUGCUGUUUUUUCCAGUAUGGAUGCUAGUUUUUCUUCGGGUGUCCAACACUCGGCCCGGGGGCCGUUUGCGGCACGCAUCUCUUUGUAUCGGCCCGCCACAUCGUGGUAGAAAGGUCCCAGGGAGCGUCCGUGGGGUCUCAAACCCAAUUUUAAAAAUGCAGUCAUGUGACUUUUUAUUUCAAGCUAAUGCAGAAGCUUUCAGUCUCGCUUUUCAACCGAAAUGCCAUUUUUAACAUUUAGUGAAAAUGUAUUUCAUGUAUUCCAAAUUUCAAAUAAAAAUGUCAGCUUUU